UCCGAGAAAAGAGCGAGAAAAACAGAGAGAAGAAGAGGAAGAAGAAGAAGAAGAAGAAGCAAAAGAAGACGGGAAAAGUUUGAGAUAACAACAGAAAGAUUAAGAAGAAGAGCCUACGCUUCAGAUCCAGAACCGAAGUUGAGACGGGUGGUCUUAGGAGAGCGUCGGGGGGUUAGUCUUGGUCCAGUGUGGUUCAGGGUGAGAUUCUCUGGACGCUCAGGAGACACGUCGCGAGUUCACAUCUGGACGCGCUUAGGACUCGAGUCGCUCUAGGACUCACGCACACGCAUGUGUUUAUAUCUGUGUAUGCGUUUAUUUAAAGUACUUUACUUCCAAGUAGUUUAACAGCAAAUGCUGAAUUAACUGGACCUUUACCUCAGAAACCAUCUCGUUUAAUAUUAUCUUAAUGGUCUCGUUUUAUAUUGAAAAGUUUGGUUGAACAUCAAUAUCGUAGUCUGGUUUUAUACUUGUAAUUGUCUGCUGUAAAAUAACCAUAAUAGUCUUGUUUAAUCCUUAAAAGGCGGUUUUAAUGUCACAAUAGUCCAGGUCAAUAUUAUAAUUAUCUGGUUGAAUAUCAGGACCAUCCCGGUUAAAACUUGAAUAAUCUGUUAUAGCCUAAUAUAUUUUCACAAUAGUCCGGUUUAAUAAUAUAACGGUCUGGUUGAAUAAUUUAAUUUUAAACUUGAACAAUCUGUUUUAAUGUUAUCCUAAUAGUCCGUUUGACUAUCAGAAUAAAAGUCUGGUUUAAUACUCUCUAAUUAAAGAGUAGAGUCUAAGAAUUGAAUUCAAGAAUUCAAAUAGUAAGAAAGGUUCACUCCGAGAUGGAGUUGGUCCUCAGAGCCUAGAACACAAAGCAGGAGAGGGCGAAGGAGAUGGUUAAGGGAAGAGGAUGAAGAAAGUUUAAAUGAAGACGAUGAAGAUUAUCAAGUGAAGAUGAUGAAGAGGAUCCCGUAGAAGUGAAGAUGAUGAAGAGGAUCCAGUGAAAGUGAAGACCAGCUUGACGAUGGUUUCAGGGCUGGUUUACCGCCUGCUGCUGCCCGUCUGUCUGACGGCCGCGUGUGUCCUGCGGUACAACUGUUUCUCUCUGGUGUAUCUGGUCCUCCUCCUGCUGCUGCCACUGCUGCCAGAGUCCGGCCCGGCGCCUAAAGAAGGGCAUGCGGGGCGCGUGGUGAAGGCCGUCUGCGGCCUCAGUCUGCUCUUCGUCUGCAUGCAGAUCUGCUUCCAGGUGACGCUCUCUACACUGCUGACCUCAGGACACCUGCAGCCUGGCUACAACUGUUCUUCAUGGGAGAGAUCUCUGCGCCAGCUCGGUCUGGAAAGUGUGUCUGGGUCUGAUCCCGGUUCGGUUCUCCGGAUCUUUUUCCCAGACGUUGUCGUCUUCCUGGUGGGACUGACUGUAUGGAUCCUUUGGUCCCGCCCGCACAGACAGAGCUGCCUUCAGGGAGCGGGGAGGGGGGAGGAGAGGAGCGAGGAGGUGCUGCUGCCAGAGGAGGAGGAGGAGGAGGAGCGGGGCAGGCUGGACCGGCUGGGGGAGCAGCUGUCCUGGCUGCUGUCUAAAGGGAGACACCUGAUUGGUCACUUCGUGGACACUGGAGGACAGAUUCUGGUCACCACCCUCCUGGGGCUCACAGGCAUCAUGCUGCCCUCGCUCUCCUCGGGGGUGUACCUGCUGUGUUUCCAGACCCUGUGCACGGUGUGGUCGGUGCUGGGGGGUCUGCCUCCGCUGCUCUUCAGCUGCGUGUGCGUUUGCUCCUCCGUGUUCUCCGCCGGCCACCUGCUGCUCGUCUACUGCUACCAGCUGCAGUCGGUGCAGGAGGCCGUGCCCCCCGAGGACACCUACGCCAGUGUGUUUGGCAUGGUGUCCCUGGUGUCGGUGGACUGCGCCGCCCCCUGGUGGCUGAGGGUGAACAGUGCUCUCAGCUGGUAUCACUACACCAACCCCCUGCUGCUGCUGCUGCUGUACUACACUGUGGCCAGCAUCUGCAGAGUCAAGGUGACCAAUGGGGACGAAGAAGAGAGUAAGGACCCCACUCCGCCAAUCAGGACCGAUGACAAGAAUGCCGAUCUGGAGUUGGACCUCUUCACCUCUCCCCACUACUCCCUCAGCCAAUCAGACACGUGUAUCCAAGAGGACGACGUGAUUGGAUGGGAGCUUGAACAGGAAGUCAGCCCGGCAUCGACAGCGUUCAACUUCCUGUUGAAACAGAGUUACAUCUGCGCCCUGAUCGCUAUGAUGGCGUGGUCCAUCACCUACGUGUCGUGGUUCACCUGUGUCCUGCUGCUGUGGUCCUGCGCUCUCUGGAUGCUACGAGAGCGGCGGCGCUACACCAUGAUGUCAUCGGCGUGGCUGGUCGCCUACGGCAACCUGUUGCUGAUCCUCCAGUACAUUUCCUGCUUCGCGGCCGUCGACGCCGUGCCCGGCCUCUUCCUCAAGAAGGACGUGCCCUGUGUGGAACUAGCUUCAAAGAUAAUCUGCCUGUUGACCUUCUGGUUGCUCCUGCGUCAGGCGCUAACAGAGAAGGCUAACGCACAGAAAGAAGCACAGCUAGCUGAUGUCAGCAUACGCACCACAGAUGAGGCCAGCAGGGCUCAAGAGGGCGACAGGGAAUGCGGCACCCACCAGGCGGACAUCUUGUUCCUGAACAGAGCCCAGGGAGCCGGGCAGAUGGAGUCGCUGGUCGCCGUGGUUUCCCGGAUGUUCGUUAAAUACUGGAUCUACGUCUGCGGCACCAUGUUCUUCUUCGUGAGCUUCGAGGGGACCAUUGUGGUCUACAAAGUGAUCUACAUGGUGCUGUUCCUCUGCUGUGUGGCUCUUUACCAGCUGAACUACGAGUGCUGGCGGGCAUGGCUCCGCUGGUUCUGGGUGGCCGUGGUCGGCUACUCCAUGCUUGUCCUGAUCCUCAUCUACACCUUCCAGUUCCCCAGCUCCGUCACCACCUGGACCUACUACACCGGCCUCUCCACCCUACGGUUAGAAGACAUCGGUUUAGAAAAGUUUUCUGUUCCAGUCCUGUUCACCAGGAUCUUCAUCCCUACUGCCUUCCUGCUGGUGUGUGUUCUUCACCUCCAUUACUUCCACCAGCCGUUCCUCCAACUGACAGACCUCAAGACUGUGGUGAACACACACAACAGCACCAUCACAAGGCUCGUUCACUCGGACGGGAGCCUUGAGGACUUGGCCUUCGUUCCAUCGCUCCCUUUCUCCUUGGAGGAUGACAGGAAGUGGCCGGACGAUGACAGGAAGUGGCAGGAGGACGACAGGAAGUGGCCGGAGGACGACAGGAAGUGGCAGGACGAGCAGUGGAGGGAUGGAGAUACCUGGCUGGAGGAGGAGGAGGAUAAGCGGGAAUACCCCUGCGUGUGGGGAAGGGAAACCCCGUCUGAACAGAUCAGAGGGUUCCGGUCUCACUGGCGCCUGGUGGUGGAGCGUCUGACGGAGCUCUUCCUGCGCCUGCUGCUCUCCCUCCAGAAGAUGCAGCACCUCCUGUGGUGGCUCCUGGAACUGCACAUCAUCAAGAUCGUGUCUGCCUACAUCAUCUGGGUCUCAGUUAAAGAGGUGUGUCUGUUCAACCUGGUGUUCGUGGUGAGCUGGGCGGUGGCCUUGCCCUGCAGGGUCUGGCGCCCCCUGGCCUCCAGCGUGUGUACUGUGUGGACCUGCGUCAUCGCCGUCAGCAAGAUGCUCUACCAGCUCAACGCCAUCCAGCCCUUCACCUACUCCUCCAACUGCACGGUGUCAUCAAACGUGACAGCAGACCUGUCAUCAUCUCUGCUUUAUGCUGCUCCUGUUGACCCCGCCCAGUGGGUGGGGCUACGCAAGACGGACGGAAAACUACUGGACUAUCUUAGGUACAACAUGGUGAUGUUGGCGCUGCUAGCCUUUGAGGUCACCAUCUACAGACAUCAGGAGUUAUACCGUCUCCGUAGCAACGUGCCCCCCCACCCCACCCGGACCCUGUUUCAUGACAUCACACGGCAACACCUUGACGACGGCUUACUCAACUGUAUGAAAUACUUUGCCAAUUAUUUCUUCUACAAGUUUGGCCUUGAGACCUGUUUCCUGCUGGCCGUGAACGUCAUUGGUCAGCGCAUGGACCUGUUUGCAGUUGGCCACGCCCUCGGCCUCAUCACCAUCCUAUCAAGACGCAGCAGGAAGCAGAUUGCCCUUAUAUGGAAAAAGUAUUGCUACUACCUGUCAGGGUUGCUGUGCUUCCAGUACCUGCUGUGCAUCGGGUUUCCCCCUGCAGCAUGCAAAGAGUACCCCUGGAGGUCCUCGGACACGGACUCCAACGUGGUCAAGUGGCUCUACCUGCCCGACUACCUGAGCCCUCCGGACGCCCUCUUCAUCCUCUAUGACUUCCUGCUGCUUCUCGGGGCCAGUAUUCAGCUGCUGGUGUUUGAGGAGGAGGCGCAGACGACCUAUCAGGUCCUGGCAGGAGACAACAGGGAGCAGGACCAGCAGGCCUCUGAUCCAAUCAGUCUUCUCAGAUACAGCCACGCCCCAAACUUUAUAUUCUGCAGGUCCUAUUUAGACAUGAUGAAGGUUAUCAUGUUCAGCUAUUUGUUUUGGUUUGUUCUCACCAUCAUCUUCAUUACUGGGACCACCAGGAUCAGUAUCUUCUGCAUGGGCUACCUGGUCGCCUGCUUCUACUUCCUGUUGGUGGGCGGAGACUUGCUGUUGAAGCCAAUCAGAAUCAUCCUGGUUUACUGGGAUUGUCUGAUUGGCUACAACAUCUUUGUUAUUACAAUGAAAAACAUCCUGUCGAUUCUAGCGUGUGGAUACAUCAAGUCUCUUGUGUUGAACCACUGCUGGCUGAUACAACUCUUUAGCCUGGCGUGCACCAUCAAGGGAUACACCAAACCGGAGCAGCAGAGUAGUAAACAGUGCGAGUUGCCUAGCGACGAGGCGGGCAUCAUCUGGGACAGCAUCUGCUUCUGCUGCCUGCUGCUGCAGAGACGCGUCUUCACCAGCCAGUACUUCCUCCACGUAGUACUGGACCUGCGCAAUACCCAGCUCCUGGCCUCCAGGGGGGCGGAGCUUAUCGAAGCGGCCACAGUGAAGGCGGUCAGAGAGCGUCUGGAGUUGGAGAAAGGAUCCAUGGACCUCCUGAAGAGACAGAUGGAGAGAAUUAAAUCUCGACAGCAGAAGUUCCGUCGAGGAAAACAGCGACUGCUCAGCAAUACAGAAGGUCAAACGGACAGGAAGGGGAGGAACCAGAAGGAGUGGUGGAGACCCUGGGUAGACCACGCCUCCAUGGUGCGCAGCGGGAACUACUACCUCUUUGAGACAGACAGCGAGGAGGAGGAGGAGCGACCGGAGGAACCCAUUCCUGAUAGGUCGGCUUUCCAGUUUGUGUACCACGCCUGGGUAACAGACACCAGGACAGCACUGAGAGCUCGCAACAAAAGAAAGAAAGCCCUCCAUCUCUCCCCCCCACUCUCCCCCACAGAAGACGGACAAGAUGGACGCACUGAGGAUGAGGAAGAGGAGGAAGAAGUUCCUGACAACGUGCUGCGCCGUGUGGCCAACCUGCUGCGGUUCUGGUGGGUUCUGCUAUCUGCCGUCCUGGACUCUCUGAACUCGUGGCUGAGGACUCUCUGUCAGGAGCACCUCAACAUCUCCACCGUGCUGCGCAUAGAGCACUGUAUGCUAACCCAGCAGGCUAAUCAGGGAACCCGUCCUUCCAGGGAGACCAUCCACGUGUUCUAUCAGCAGCAGAUGUUAAGGAGAUCUAGGGAGUCUGGUCUGCAGGCUGAGGGUCAAGACUACGUAUCCCAUGAGUCUCAGGGACGGGACUUUGUCUCCCAUGCGUCUCAGGGACAAGACUGCGCAUCCCAGGAAUCAGAUGAUGUGUUUGUGACAAACGUGUCUCCAAAGAAAGCAUCAGAACACAACAGGACACUGGCAGACAUCGAAUUGGAGACGGAUCCAAGGAAUGCGUCUUGUAAUAAGCCAGAGAUGGCGGCUUCACAGCAUGGGACUUUGGAAAGUGAGGGUUUGAAGGUUGGUUCACAGCAAACCCCAGGAACAGAGACCGUUCCCGGAGAAGAUACAGAUACAGAAGCAGAAGAAGAACUCCCAUUCGAAGCGGAGGUCCAACGGGCGUCGUCGGUUGGAACACAAACCAGACAGCCAGCGGCUAAAGCUAGCCGAUGUGUCCGUCCAAAACUCUCCAGGAUGGGCCGAAUCCCCUCCUUGUCCUCGUCUUCCUCACUGGAAGGAAGCAGGACCCUGGGAAGCACGGAGGCUUUGGAGCCCCAUCCAUCGUUAGGAACCCACCCGCUCUCGACCCCGAAGUCUCCCUCGCUCCACGCCUGCACCCAGCCCUCCCCCUCCUCCCAGGCCCUGGGCCUCCGGUCCCGGCAGCACAAGCCGGGCUGCCGGGCAGCGCUCCAGGAACAGGGACCCCCCCUGGCCGAGGGGUACCAGGAACGCCCCACCACCUCGUCUCCGCCCCAGCCCCGCCCCCAGGAGCUGACGGCCAAUGACCUGCUGAGGCACAGGAUGUUUUACAACGAGGAGCUGGGAGCAUCGGAUCGUUUCUAUGGGAACCAGCCGCAGCUGUUGCAGCUCUGCUAUGCCCUCUACAACAUCCUGGUUGCCAGGUCAGAGAUGGUGUGCUACCUGGUGAUGGUGCUGAACCACAUGGUUUCGGCGAGCUGUCUCACCCUGACGUUGCCCGUGUGUGUCUUCCUCUGGGCCAUGCUGUCUGUCCCCCGGCCCAGCAAGAGGUUCUGGAUGACGGCCAUCAUCUAUACUGAGGCUGCCAUCGUGAUAAAGUACUUCUUCCAGUUUGGGUUCUUCCCGUUCAACCAGAAGAUGGAGCUGGACCGCUCCAAGCCCUUCCACCCGCCCAACAUCCUGGGGGUGGAGAAGAAGGACGGCUACGUCCUCUAUGACCUCCUGCAGCUGCUGGCCCUGUUCUUCCACAGGUCCAUCCUCAAGUGCCACGGCCUCUGGGACCAGAACCCAGUCCAACAGGAGCCCAGAGCCGGCCCCUCCCCCAGCUCAGAAGACCCCCCUGCUCCUCCACAGGACCUGAAGACUGGCCCCUCCAUCCCGGGGUCACCGGAAGGUAGUGUGUGUUCUCAGCCCACCAAGUCUGAUCUGCUUCUGGAGAAACUGAAAGAGGCGUUCAUCAGAUCUAAGAACUACUCCGUAAACAGGGGUGUGCUGUUAUACGGACCAAUCAGAGACUUCUUCAAAGCUCUCGUCCAACCAGAGUACAGCGCCGUGUCAGACGUCUACGUCGCCAUGUUCCUGGCCGACACCAUCGACUUCAUCAUCAUCGUCUUCGGCUUCUGGGCAUUCGGGAAACACUCUGCGGCCGCAGACAUCACAUCCUCCCUCUCAGAGGACCAGGUCCCAGAGGCCUUCCUGGUCAUGGUGCUCAUCCAGUUUGGUACCAUGGUGAUUGACAGGGCUCUGUAUCUGAGGAAAACGGUGGUGGGAAAGCUGAUCUUCCAGGUGCUUCUGGUGUUUGGAAUCCACUUCUGGAUGUUCUUCAUCCUCCCAUCUGUAACCGACAGGAGAUUUAACCACAACAGUGUGGCCCAGCUCUGGUACUUCGUCAAGUGCGUGUACUUUGGGCUGUCGGCCUAUCAGAUCCGCUCUGGCUACCCGACCAGAGUCCUGGGGAACUUCCUCACCAAGAGCCACAACUACCUCAACCUCUUCCUGUUCCAGGGGUUCCGGAUGGUCCCGUUCCUGACGGAGCUGCGCGCGGUCAUGGACUGGGUCUGGACCGACACCACCCUGUCCCUGUCCUCCUGGAUCUGCGUGGAGGACAUCUACGCCCACACCUUCGUCCUCAAGUGCUGGAGGGAGUCUGAGAGGCGUUACCCUCAGCCCCGGGGGCAGAAGAAGAAGCGCGUGGUGAAGUACGGGAUGGGUGGUCUGAUCGUGCUGCUGCUCAUCUGCAUCGUGUGGUUCCCGCUGCUCUUCAUGUCGCUGGUCAAGUCUGUGGCCGGCGUGGUCAACAAACCUCUGGACGUGUCCCUCACCAUCACCCUGGGAGGGUACCAGCCCAUCUUCACCAUGAGCGCCCAGCAGAACCAACUGAAGGACCUGAACGAGGAAGACUACCACGCCUUCAUCAGUCUGUACAGCUACACCCCUAAUGCAUUGCAGUUCUUCGAGGCGUACACCAAGGAGGACGUGACCGUAGCCGAGCUGGAGGGCAGCAGCAACUCUCUCUGGACCAUCAGUCCUCCCAGCCGGCAGUACCUCAGCCAGGUCCUGGGCCAGGACGAGGACUUCCCUCUGACCAUCUCCUGGACCAUCCAGAGGAACCUGAGUUUGGGGGCCAAGGCUGAGUUGGCGUCUGGUAAACAUGUGACCUACCUGGACGACGACACCAGACUGAACCUGAUACACCUGCUGUCUGGAAACACCUCCACACCUGUAGUUAUAGGUCAGGUGUUCCCUUGUUUCAUGCGUGCUCCCAGUGACUCAAAUGCCAAGCCAAUAGAACAACUUUACACAGAAGACAGCUAUAAGGACAUCCAGAUCGCGUUGGAGCGGUCGACCAGCCGCAGUGGGGAGCUGCAGGAGUGGUGGAUCGUGGACCAGCCCGCCCACAGCUUAACACCAACCAGAAACCCCGCUCCUGUGAUUGGCAGGCGACGGGCGGGACUUGAACUAUUUGUCUUUAGUGAUAAAGUCAGCCCCCCCAGCCUCGGCUUUCUAGCAGGAUACGGCAUCAUGGGACUCUAUGCGUCGGUUGUGUUGGUGAUCGGGAAGUUUGUGCGUGAGUUCUUCAGCGGCAUCAGCCACUCCCUGAUGUUCGAGGAGCUGCCCUGCGUCGACCGCAUCCUCAAGCUCUGCACGGACAUCUUCCUGGUGAGGGAAACGGGGGAACUGGAGCUGGAGGAAGAGCUCUACGCUAAACUCAUCUUCCUCUACCGCUCCCCUGAGACACUCAUUAAAUGGACACGACGGACAUAUUAACCCAAUGGUUUAACCCAAUGGUUAAACCAAAUGGUUUAACCCAGUCAUCAUGACAAGAAGCCAUGAGGGAGGACGUGGAUUAAACCAAAGCAACGUUAGACAGGGGGGACCUGGGCUUUACUCAGAGGAUGAUGGGAGGUCUGCAACACACGACUGUGAAGAACAAAGGAACUAGACUCUAGACUACAGUACAGGGAGUACUAUGGUAGUACUGUACUGGAGUACUGCAGUAAAUCUGGGCCAGAGGAAGUACCCUCUGCUGAAUCACCGUGAUUACGCUGCAGUACUAUACUCGGUACUCAUCUGAGUACUACUCUUAGUACCAUUGUCGGUACUAAUCUCACUACUAUUGUUACCCGAGUCCUUCUUUUAACAGAAACUUCUCUCUCCCAGUACCGUUCACCGGUAUAAACCUGUUUACAGCAGACAUCAUCAUAAACACGGGAUGCACAUUUGAGCUGGAGUAGAGGUGUUCCGUGCAUUCAGACUCUUACUAUACACUUUAUACACUGAAUCCUAACUGCUAGCAGCAUCAAAAAGACCGGUUUUCUGGUCAUUUCGAUGCUGGUCCGUCAGGUGUUUCAGAGCAACCGACUUGAGUCACUUUGCUGUUUAAUCUGAGAGGCUUGGCAAUGUAAGGCCACUUCCAUAUAUGGAAAACAAUCGCUGAGCAGCCAUUGCAGACACUGUAUGCUAGUAUUGAUCAGUGGUUCUCCAUUAGUUUCUGCACCAUGUACUAGUAUUGUUCAGUGGUUCUCUAUUCGUUUCUGCUCCACGUACCAUGCAAUAGUAUUGAUAAGUGGUUCUGUAUUACUUUCUGCUCCAUAUACAAUGUAAUAGUAUUGGUAAGUGGUUUUGUAUUACUUUCUGAACUGUACCAUGUACUAGUAUUGAUAAGUGGUUCUGUAUUACUUUCUGAACUGUACCAUGUACUAGUAUUGAUAAGUGGUUCUGUAUUACUUUCUGAACUGUACCAUGUACUAGUAUUGAUAAGUGGUUCUGUAUUACUUUCUGAACUGUACCAUGUACUAGUAUUGAUAAGUGGUUCUCUAUUAGUUUCUGCCCCAUGUAGUGCCUGCCAUGAUGUGUAUGUGCCAUGUAUGCUUUCACUGUUUAAUGUCACUGUGUGGCAAAGAUUGCUACGUCUUGUAGCCCCCCUGACUGUGAACAUGUAUGGUAGAAGAUCUGAACCUAAUUUAGAAAUGUGAAUAACUGGACAUUUACACUUUAGCUUAAUAACUGGAAUUUAGCUGUGAUUAAAUGAUUUCUCUUCAUCUGGGCCUACCCCUGUACUUCUUCACUGUUUCUAAAUCAAGUCUUUAUUGACCGGAGGUCUACAUUCGUCUAAUUUGAGGGACAACGUCUAGCUCCAAACCGCAACCAGGGAUGACUUUGUGCAGUCCAGUGAUUUACAUUUAGGGGAUUUAGCAGACGCUUUUAUCCAAAGUGACAAUAAGUACGUUUGUCGGAAGACGCAGCAAUGACUUGGGAAGAUUCACAGGUGAGGCAGGACUGGCAUCACAACAUAUUUCGUGCCUCCUCAAGGCAACAAGACAAUGAAGGGAAUGAGUCAUGUGAUCGUUUCACUGACUGGUUGAGCUGAGCUGCAGCCGACUGAGAGACUCAAGAGUCAGAAAGGAUCAACAAGAUGAGAGAACUCAACAGAGUUCUGGUCCACACGGCCGUGUUUCUUAUGCUGGAGGUCCUCGUUCAGGGAGACACCCAGGUGGGCUGUGUGUUUGGGGGGAGCUGUGUGCUGCCUUGCCGCUUCCAGCCAAACAGUGAUACCAUCCUCCACUGGAUCAAGAUGAAUGGGAAGAACGUUCAGGUCCACUCCUACUACGAUGACCAGGACCAACUGGGACACCAGGACCCUCUCUACAAGGGAAGGACCUCCCUGUUCCAUGACCAGAUCUCAGGGGGCGACGCAUCCCUUGGUCUGGCCAGGGUGAACCUCCAGGACCAGGGCAGGUACCUGUGUUACGCCAGCACUUCACAGUACAACCAGGAGACCUUCGUCACCCUGACAGUGAGAGGUGAGCUCAAGUCCUUGGUUAACCUUAACCCUAACCCCAACUCUGAGUUUCUUGUUUUAAUGCGGUACAAUAUUAUCUAGGUCAUCGUUAAUGUGAAGUUAUUUGGUUCUGUCUUGCUGUCAUUGUUAUUAUCCUCAUUCUUAUUAAAGAAAGAAUAAUCCACAUUUUCUUUUUCUGUUUCAGCGGGAUCAUUUAGCACACCUUGGUUACAAUUAGGAUUCUAUUUUUAUGUUAUACUUUUAAUCAUCAUCAGCAUCAUCCUCAUCUUUUUACGUAUAAAAAGAAGGGUUUCUUUUGAAUUUUUUGUAUCAUUUUCUUUAAUAUUUGUGCUUGUAAAUUACUUCACAUUAUAUUUUAUUUCGUUCUUUGUGUCAUUUUCUCUUUUAUUUUUAAUUAAUUAAUUGAAAACGUUUGUGUGGUUAUUUCUGGGUCAUUCAUUAGUGAUGUGAUGGGUAGUUUUAUCUGUAUUAUAAUGUAAUAAUCAACCACUUUUAUAUAUUUUAGUUUACUAUAUACUGUAUAUUCAUGUUAAUGAUGUAUUUUGGUUUGUCUUUGUCUUCACUGCCUCACUGUGGGAGGUCUAAAAUGAGCGUGCUUCACCUCAAACACACGAUGCCUCUGGUGCUGCACAGAUAUGUUAUGUUGUACCCAUUAAGUUAAUGGUGACCAUAUCAAAUUAAAUAAAUGAAUAUAUUUUAAUCAUCUGUUGCUUGUCAUUUCAAAUAUCAGUUUUGUGUUAUGGUCUUCUGAGCAGAGACACUGUGGCGAGCAGCACGGGAAGAACCAGACGAUCCCAGGAUUCGUGCUCCCUCAACAACCCCUGGGUCACUACAGGAUUCGUGGACCUUGCCAACUUGUCCCGGGCAAUCGCGAGGCACGACCUCCCUGUUCAAUGACCAGAUCUCAGGGGGCAACACAUCCCUUAGUCUGGCCAGGGUGAACCUCCAGGACCAGGGCAGGUACCUGUGUUACGCCAGCACUUUGAAGAACAACCAGGAGACCUUCGUCACCCUGACAGUGAGAGAUCAUGUUAUUGUUCCAAUGAAGUGAAGUUGAGUCGUCAAGCUGCAGACUGAGAGACCCAAGAGGCACGAAGGAAGAAUAAGAUGGCAGAACUCAACGGUGUUCUGGUCCGAACAGCCGUGUUCCUCAUGGUGGAGGUCCUCGUUCAGGGAGGUGCUGUUCAAUCUCCAGACACCCAGGUGGGCUGUGUGUUUGGGGGGAGCUGCGUGCUGCCUUGCCGCUUCCAGCCAAACAGUGAUACGAUCCUCCACUGGGUCAAGAGGAAUGGGAAGAACGUUCAGGUCCACUCCUACUACGAUGACCAGGACCAACUGGGAUACCAGGACCCUCUCUACAAGGGAAGGACCUCCCUGUUCCAUGACCAGAUCUCAGGGAGCAACGCAUCCCUUGGUCUGGCCAGGGUGAACCUCCAGGACCAGGGCAGGUACCUGUGUUACACCAGCACUUCACAGAACAACCAGGAGACCUUCGUCACCCUGACAGUGAGAGCUCCUGUUACUAAAGUGGACAUUGUGCUAGGGAACAACAAUGUCACCUGUCAGUCUGGAGGAAUCUACCCAAGACCACAGCUCACCUGGUCCGUCAGUCCUCGCCCGUCUACUGUCCUCCAGAACCCAACCGAGGUCCAUGAAGAUGACCGGGGACUCUAUGACAUCAGCGGCUCCUUAAGGACUGUUUACAAUGACACAGAAUCAACCUACAGCUGCUCAGUCCAAAAUGAACACAGUGCAAAGAAAGCCAUGAUGAGGCCACUCCCUCCAAUGCAAAGUGCUCCCAACAGUGAGGUGUUACUCCCUUGUGACGCCUCGGGGCUCGAUGACAUCACCUGGACCUUCAACCACAACCAGACCAUCCUCAGAAGACAAGCAGGACAAGAGAAGGUGGUGGAAACAGAGUGGCAGCAGCAUGUAAGAGACCUGUCUGAAUCAGGCAGCCUCCUGCUGUAUGUGACCUCAUCAGCCCAGAGUGAAGGGACGUACAGGUGUACUCUCAGGUACGCAGACGAAGAAGACGUAACCCACAUUGAACUGAAGAUACUGGAGGACCCUGUUGCAGAGGGUUCUCAUCUCACACUUCCGAUGUUACAAAUAAUUGUUUUCCUUACAAUCUCCCCUCUCAUCCUCUGCUUAUGUAUUCAUAGAGAACGUGAAC